GCAUUAAGUAUGUUGAUUAGUAGCCAAAGGCACAAAACAUGGUUGACAGUCCUUGGUCGAACGGACGAUAGAAGUAUGUAUAGUAGGUAUAUUCCCUGAACGUUGUAGCCUACCUACUGGUACAUUUUAGAAGACAACUUACCAUGAUAAACUAUUUACUGGAAAAACUCAGCAAGCCUAAAAAGUAUUUUGGACAUGCUAAAAAUCUGCGGUAUAAUAAGGUGUACCAAUACUAUGUAGAAGUGAUUUUAGUAAAAUGCAUACAGCACCAUCAGUUUCUUGUAAGUAAGUUUUCAAGAUGUAAGAAGCUCCUUUACUACCCAAUAUAUGCAUUGUUCAUAGGUGGGGUACUACUGUCAACAUCCUUGAUUUAUGUCUCAUUACAGGACAACCAAUUAAUUGUACUAAGUAUAUUUUUAGUGAGCUUUCUCUCAAAUGUGUGCUUCUAUGCCUACUUUGGACAAAGCUUAGUUAAUGAGACCUCAAGGACGUUUAAACUGGCUUAUUUCACUCCUUGGUAUUUAUGGAACGCGAAGAACAAAAAAAUGUUACUUAUGUUUCUCAUUAAUAGUUCAUCACCAAUGGAAUUAUGUGCUGGGGAUUUACAUGUCAACAUGACGUUAUGUGCUAGUUUUGUGAGGCUAUGCUACACUCUGCUUCUGACCAUCCGUAGAUUGGAUUUCUGAUUUUGCAAUUUAAUACUGUGAUGUUACAAAGAAGCAGAAGACUACAUAAUGACACGAUCAUAGAUGGAUUAAAUUAACAUAGAUAUUGCACGAGAUUAAAGCAUUAUAAGUUAAA